AUGAGCUCAACCAACGCUUCCACAUCACAACCUCAGGAUCACACAGGCUCGUCAGCCUCGACUCGACUCUCUUCUGGAGCAGCGAAACUAUCAGAACCUUCAUCCUCAUCCUCGACUAAAUCUACAAGCUCGGUCGGAACAUCGUCUCCGGCACAACCCGCCGAUUCACCGUCUCGACUCGGCUCCAAUUUCUGGUCUUCGUGGGUCUCGCCGUCCUCGUCCUCGGCUGUUGCCGCUUCUGCCGCCAUGGAGAAGCGAACAAGGCCACGUCGUCCUUCCUUCGAGGAAUUUCGUGCCGAGGAACCCCCACAGGCCCGUCUCAUUCGCCUUCGUGGCCUAUUCGAUACUCUUCUCGAUGAGGACGAUGAGCAGGCUUUGGCCGGCGGCAGAGCCCGGGAGGAAUGGAUCAAAUCGGCUCGUCGUGCACGCUACGGUGCCGGCGGAAGCCUGGCUCGUGGCAGUCUCGCUCCCUCGGACAUUCGCAACUCCACCGUCGGCUUUGAGGCAUGCACCGCAUCGCCUUCGGCUUCUUCUGCCGACACCUCAUCGCCCUCGAGCUCGACAUCUUCAUCGGCACCUUCCGACAAAGCGCCAUCGUCCUUGUCAUCGACAGACUCGCACCUUCCAGCACCACCACCGCCUCCACGACAAUCGUAUGCCAAGGAGCUUCUCAACCAGUGCCGCAAGUGCCGUGAGGAUCUCGAGGCUCAACGCGAACGGCUCAUCGAGGGGCAAGCCAAACGUUGCGACAGUCCCUCCCGCUCCUCUUCAUGGGGCUUGCCUACCUGGCUCGGUGGCAGUGACAAAUCUCCUGACGCUGUGAAGGACGUUGCCGAAUCCUCCAAAAGCACCAUCGCAGCCGUCAAGGAAAAGAUCCUGCCCAAGGCUUUGUCCGGUUCCUCAAAGGAGGAGGAAGAGAAGGCAUCGUCAGAUUCCACAUCGUAUCUCGGCUCCAUCGGAUCUCUCCUCGGCUACGGAAAUGCAUCGACCUCGGACGCAGAGGCCCUCGGCUACGGCCACAACCCGCCAGAUAUGGAGCACGAAGCUGGUUGGACUGGCAGCGGUGUGUGGGGUCUCUCUGCCGUCGGUCACAAGAAGCGGGCUGCCGAUCGCGACCGGGACGAGAAGGUCCGUCAAGGUCAUAAGGUCGAUGAUGACGGUGGCGCUCGUCAACGACAGAUCGAAUGGGAGGGCUUCCUCGCCUACGCUGAAAACAAGGAGCGUGAACUGUACAAUAUUUUUGUCGAGAUGGACAAGAAUGGCGACAUGCGACUCGACGUUCAAGAGAUCCACACGGCGCUCGAUCGCGCUGGCAUCGACGUGCCGCAAAUCUCGCUCGACGACUUUGUCGCCAGUCUCACCAGCACUCGCACCUUGUCCCACGUCAGCGGCGACAAGACCUACGUCACUUUCCCCGAGUUCCGCGAUUAUCUUCUGUUGCUGCCGCGCAAGCCUUCGGUAUCGGAGAUCUUCCGCUUUUACCAGGUGCGAAAGGCGUUUGGUCUCUUUGGCAUGGGUGGCAUCUUUGCAGAACUCACCGUGGGCUGGGGUAGGACUGAGCGCGGUGCCACGGCUGUCAACUUUGACGGCGACGUCAGCUUGGCGGGAGAAGAGAAGAAGAGGGAGUCGCCCGCGGCCAAGGAGGCGAAACGAGCGGAGAAGCUUGGUAAGCGUCAAGAGGCGGCUGCUGCUGCUGCGACCAAGGCGGUUGACGACGCAGUUGAUUCCACCCCGGACGGACCAGCGUCUUCCUCAUCAACCACAUUGGACAGCAAGGAUGAGAUCAAGCAACAGGUAGCCCAGGAUGCGGCAGCGGCAGCCAAGACAGCGCACGACCAAAUCAUCGACGAGGAAGAGGAGGAAGACGACAAUGACAUGAUCCGUGGAGCCGUCGCACUCAAGUUCUUGGUGGCCGGUGGUAUCGCAGGAGCCGUCUCACGUACAGCCACUGCGCCGUUUGACCGUCUCAAGAUCUAUCUCAUCACCACGGCUCGGUCCCCUGACGUGGCAGAAGCUGCUAAAGCCGCCGUCUCGGGUCAGGCAGGCGCCAAUGGAGCAUCGGCAGCCAAAGCAGCCGGUCAAGGUCUGGGUAUCUUACGGGAGGCGCUGUGGAACCUGUACCGUGAUGGCGGCGGUCUGCGAGCGUUCUGGGUGGGCAACGGCUUGAACUGUCUCAAGAUCUUCCCGGAGAGCGCGAUCAAGUUCCUGUCAUACGAAACGGCGAAGAGGGCGUUUGCCAAGUAUGUGGACAACGUGUCGGACUCUCGCGAUAUCUCGGGCUCGAGUCGGUUCAUGUCCGGUGGAUUUGGCGGUAUCACGUCGCAGCUGGCGAUUUAUCCGGUGGAAACGCUGAAGACGCGGUUGAUGUCGUCGCAGAACGCCAAGACGUCGUUGCAGGGGAAUGCGCUGCUGGCCAAGACGGCCAAGGACAUGUGGGCUGCGGGUGGGCUGAGGACGUACUAUCGUGGUCUGACCGCGGGCUUGAUCGGCGUGUUCCCGUAUUCAGCGAUCGACAUGUCGACGUUUGAAGGGAUCAAGCUGUUCUACAUCAAGUACACGGGCAAGGAAGAGCCGGGCGUGCUAGCGCUGCUGUCGUUUGGGUCCGUUUCAGGCAGCGUGGGUGCUACGACCGUGUAUCCGCUCAACUUGAUUAGAACGCGAUUGCAGGCUGCAGGGACCCCGGCUCAUCCGGCGACGUAUGACGGAUUCUGGGAUGCGGCCAAGAAGACGUACGUCCGCGAAGGAUUCGUUGGCUUUUACAGAGGCUUGGUGCCCACGUUGGCCAAGGUCGUGCCUGCGGUCAGUAUCAGCUAUGUCGUGUACGAGCAGAGCAAGAAGCGUCUUGGUGUUCAGUAG